AUGUCCACCCAGAUCUUCUGUGGCCGUCUCGGCCAUCUUGAACUUGCUGCUUCCUCUCUUGGCAACAAUGGUGUUCAACUUUUUGCCUAUGGUGUCUUGCUCGGAAUGGGAAGUGCAGUUGACACCUUGUGUGGCCAAGCAUAUGGAGCACAUAAAUAUGAAAUGCUAGGCAUAUAUCUUCAAAGGCCAAUCACCUUCAAUCGCCUCGGCCACAGCAUUGUUCACCUAUGGUCUCAUCCCACAAAUAUUUGCAUAUGCAGCCAAUUUUCCAAUCCAAAAAUUUCUUCAAGCGCAGAGAAUUGUGAACCCCAGUGCCUAUAUUUCAUUAGCCACACUGGUUCUACACAUUUUAUUGACAUGGAUAGUGUUGUUCCGAUUAGGGUGGGGGUUACUAGGAGCUGCAUUGGUAUUGAGCUUAUCAUGGUGGAUCAUAGUGGUGGCACAAUUUGUGUACAUUUUGCUGUAAUGUUGUGCUUGGAGACUUGGUACUUUCAAAUAUUAGUUUUGAUUGCUGGGUUGCUUCCGAAUCCUGAAAUAGCACUGGACUCUCUGGCAAUUCGCCAGACAAUACUUGGAUGGGAGUUCAUGAUAUCUGUGGGGUUCAAUGCAGCUGCAAGGUCAGUUACAUAUGAAGUCAUUAUUCUCCCUUUUCCUCCCCUUUAA